CAGCAAGAGACGCCCGGGAGGCUUUACCCACUGCGGUUGAACCGUGCAGGAGGACGACCUCUUUGCUGGAAAAAUGUACUAAUGCUCAUACACAUAAUAUUACACACAACUUCAGAGGUGGCUUCUAAAAUCCACUGAAGGCUAUCCUCUAGUAGUCCGUGGACUCCAUCCAUGGACUCCAAGAGAACAAUACAGACGAUCAAAUGUGUGGUUGUGGGGGAUGGGGCUGUAGGUAAGACCUGUCUCCUCAUCAGUUACACCACAAAUGCCUUUCCUGAGGAGUAUAUCCCCACUGUGUUUGACAACUAUAGUGCCCAGACAUCGGUGGAUGGCCAAAUCGUCAGCCUGAAUCUGUGGGACACAGCUGGCCAAGAGGAGUAUGACCGACUGCGAACGCUGUCCUACCCCCAGACUAAUAUCUUUGUCAUUUGUUUUUCCAUUGGCAACCCAUCCUCUUAUGCCAACGUGAGGCAUAAGUGGUACCCAGAGGUCUCGCAUCAUUGCCCCAAUGUACCCGUUUUGCUGGUAGGCACCAAGAGGGACCUGCGGAGUGACCUUGAGACAGUGAAGAAGCUGAAGGAACAGAGCCUAGUGCCCACAACUCCUCAGCAAGGCACUUCCCUGGCUAAGCAGGUGGGGGCUGUGAAGUAUCUGGAAUGUUCGGCCCUGAUGCAGGAUGGGGUCCAUGAGGUAUUUUCAGAAGCUGUCCGGGCUGUGCUUUACCCUGCCACAAAGAAGAACACCAAGAAGUGUGUCCUCUUAUAGCUUUGGGGGUGCCGCUUGGGGACUGCACCUAAGAAGAAUAAGGGGGAAUUCCUUUGACAGCACUUAACAACGCCAGUGGGAGCCAUUUAUCUCUUCUUUUGGAAACCCUAGACUUCAGAUUAUCUGAUUUUUGGAGGAAUGAAGAGAGGCUAGUUUGUACUUGGCUGCUUUGAAGGUCAGUCUGAACCUUUUGAAGGAAGUUUGAGUGUGUGUCUCCCCUGUUGAAGCGGUUAGGAGAGACACCACCAAGUGCUGUGCUUUUCUGUCUUGGCCAGGCCACGACUAAGCAGAGCAGCCUCGUUCUGUUCUUUGUGGGCUUUUGCUUGGCUGUUUGAAAUCUAAUUUCAGCUUUCCUGGCUGAAUUUACCAUUGAGCGAGUGCCUCACAGAAGGACAAGAUUCUCUAGGUUUUCAAAUCAUUGCCUUAAACUUUCUGCUAUGCUACUAAUUUUUGGAAACCAUUGUAUGUGUGAUUCCUGGGUGUUCCCAGUAUUGACAUCUCCUUUCCAUUCUUGAGAGAAGAUAUUUCUGCAAUUAUAGUUAAGCAGGAUUGUCUAGAGUUCUGUGAGACCGUAACAGAUGUUUCUUAAAAGGGUUCUGCAGUCAAAUAAAGCAGGAACCAGUGAUUUA